CUCCCUCCUCCUGACAUUGUCCCUCCUCUUCCUCCCGGGCCCUGUCUGGGGCAGCCGCCGCCUUCCUCGGGCGCCUCUCACGCACACCCCGCCCUGAUGAGCACGUCCUAGGCAGAUGCUACCCACGGAGUUGAGAAAACAAACAUGAAACUUAAGGAACUAGAAAGCCAUCUUCAGCAAGUUGAUGAUUUUGAGAAUCCAAAAUUACUUCUUGAACAGUAUCCAACAAGACCACACAUUGCAGCAUGUAUGCUUUAUACAAUUCACAACACUUUUGAUGAUAUUGAAAACAAGGUGGUUGCAGAUCUAGGAUGUGGUUGUGGUGUACUCAGCAUUGGAAGUGUAAUGUUAGGAGCAGGGUUGUGUGUGGGGUUUGACGUAGAUGCAGAUGCCCUGGAAAUAUUUAGUAGAAAUGCAGAAGAGUUUGACCUUACAAAUAUUGACAUGAUUCAGUGUGAUGUAUGUUCUUUACCUGCCAGAACAUCAAAAACGUUUGACACAGUAAUUAUGAAUCCUCCUUUUGGGACCAAGCAUAAUAAAGGAAUGGAUAUGACUUUUCUGAAGGUAGCUUUGCAAAUGGCACAAACAGCUGUAUAUUCCCUACACAAAACUUCAACACGAAAACAUAUUCAAAAGAAAGCAGAUGAAUGGAAAGUGAAGAUGGAAGUUAUAGCAGAACUUAGAUAUGACUUACCAGCAUCAUACAAGUUUCAUAAGAAGUCAUCUGUGGAUAUUGAAGUGGAUUUAAUAAGGUUUUCCUCUGAAAAACUUCUAAACUGAGGAUUGGCUUAAAAUCUAUUUAAAAUGGAUUAAUAAAAACUCAGUGCUUUUUUAAACACUA